AUGCCCAGCUUCGGUCGCCUGGGCAAGCACAGCAACCGGUCGCAGCACGCGAUUGCGGCCGAGGCGCCACAGCAGGUCGGCGCCGGGUCGGGCCUCAGCAGCAAGACGGCGAGUACAAGAGCAGCGCCAGGCCCAGGUGCUGGCGGUGGUGCAAGUCCAGCUGGCAGCGGCCCGGGCCCAGGUGCGACGACGACGGCUGAAGCUGAGGCAGAUUUGCGCGCGCAAUCCGCCUUGCCGACGGGCUCUUCAUCGGCGCUGAGCUCCAGCGAGUCGUUUAUCGUUCAGCAGCAGCAGCAACAGCAGCAACAGCAACAGCAACAGCUUCAGUUUCAGCAGCAGCCCAGGCUGUCAUCUGGAGCACCGCCGCCGCCGUCUCACGGCCAGCUGUUUCAGAGCCAGAACCCCGCCGUGGCAGUGCCCGCCUAUGACGAGCGCCAGCUCCAGCAGCUCCAACAGCAGCAGCAGCAGCACUACCAGCAACUACAGCAGGCGGGUCCCCUUCCACCCCAACAGCAACAGCAGCUGCAGCAACAACAACAACAACAACAACAACAACAACAACAACAACUACAACAACAACUACAACAACAACAACUACAACAGCCGCAGCAGCAGUCUCUACCACCGCCGCCGCCGCCGCAGCAAAACAAGCUGCAGAAGCAACCACCGCCGCCGCCGCAGUUAUUGCAGCAGCAAGCUCAAUCCCAGCCGCAGUUUCAGCAGCCCGGCGAGUUUGUCGACUCCGCUUCCUCCUCCGCCUCCACCGCCGGCGCCCGUCAGAGCCAGCGCUACAGCAUCCACAACCUGCUGAACAUCUCGCAGACGUCGCUGCACGACCAGGCCGGCUAUCACCAGGGCCAGAUUCAACCGCAGGCUCCCGGCCAGGCCUCUGCCUCGUCCGAGAAGCGCUCGGCCCGCAAGAUCAUCAAGGGCAUCUUCUCCGGCCGCGGCAACCACGACAAUCACCGCGAUCAGCAGAACCCCUCAUCGUCAUCGUCUUACGAUAACACCGUGGGACUGGCCCGCAGACCGUCCAAGAGAGUCAGCACGCUUAACCAGCAGCCACCAAACCUCAAGACUGGCCUCUCCGCCGUGUCAGACCGCGAUUGGCACUCACACACCCCCAGCUCGUCCGUGCACCAGACGUCGCCGCUACAAGGUGUGGGCGAGGCCGAAGAGUACUACGCUGCAGACCAAUAUCACGACCUGCAGCAGCAGCAGCAGCAGCAGCAGCUUCAUCAACAGCAAGACCUGCGAAUCGACCCUCGACACUCUGUGCCGCCCAUAAAUACAGCACGCGGAAUUGGUGCUCCAGACGACAUCUCAUCGCCCUACGACGACGCCGUCUACCACGCCCCGCCCCCGUCUGCCCUUCACCACCACUCGCCAAGCAUUUCCCAGCAGCAGAUCUCACCAUCUCAGCUGCAGCCUCAGCCUCAGCCUCAGCCUCACGUGCUCUCAUCACAGGAAUCCCUACAGCAGCAGCUGCAACAACAACAGCUUCAGCAACAACAAUUGCAACUGCAGCAACAGCAACAGCAACAGCUUCGAUACGAUCCUCAACAACAGCAGCAGCAGCAAGCCGCUUACGAUCAGCAACUGCCGCCCCCACCUUCGUCUUCCCAGCAGUAUUACAGCAACUCCAACUCACCGCAAGAUCAGUAUCAGCAGACGACCGACCCGCGCAUCGUCACUACGCAUCUGGUCACGGGAUCGCAACAGCAGCAGAACGCAGAAACCGUAUCCCAGCUGUCGCGCGAGUCCCCAGCCCCCGACUCGGAUCAGCGAUCGUUGAACCAGCAGCCGUCUCCUGCGAUCCACUACUCAGUGCCGCAGGCUCACGACCAGGCUUCCAACGUUGCCCUGCCGCCCUCGCAGCCAGCGAAUCAACAACAACAACUCUCGCAGCCCGCCAUGGCACCGCCUGGAGGAGGAGGCGUACCGACGAAUCGCCGAGCAGCCGAUGCUGAAAAGGCCCUGCCUGGAGCACCGCCGGGAUAUCGUCACACCCACUCAAACUCCAACAACCUGAACGCGCCCGGCGCAUCCCUCCAGCCCGGCCAACAGCCUGCUGGAACCAGUGGCGCAGCCGUUGCCUCUGGCGCCGGAGCUGCAGCUGCCGCCGGCGCUGCUGGUGCUCCUCCGCGGUACGAAGCAGCGACUGGCGACCAAGGCCGGAACAGUCCUCAGCCUUCUACCCAUGAGCGCGACAGUACCGAAUCUGAUAAAGCCUUUAAGGAAUUGCUCACAAAGUACAAAAACGUCAAGCGCCUCUAUUUCGAUGGCAAAUCUCAGAUCGAACAGCUCAAUGGCCAAGUUGAGCAUCUGCAGAAUGCCGUCGCCAAUCAACGCAUGUCACAGUCGCGCACGGCGUUGGACGAUAACGAAUAUGUCAACCGAUUCAACCGACUGAAUGGCGCCAUCAACAAUCUGUCAUUCAACAUCCGUAAGGACUGGCGACGCCUACCCCAGUGGCUGGAGAAAUUCGUCAGCCCCGACGCCCUCAAGACAGGAAAGCAGGAGAUGACGGCAGUCGGUAGAGCGGUCAUUACCAAGUGGGUUGUGGACGAAGUCUUCAACAAGUGCUUCCACCCAGACCUGGACGCGUCCCUUAGCUCCCAGCUCAAGGAGAUUGAGCUCAGCAUCCGGGGCAAUGCGUACACCAUGCACAGCCAGGAAGAGUUUGAUGCCUUGACCACAAAGGUGGUCAACUGGCGAAUGGCCACGCUGGACGGCCUGCAGCAAAAGCUGAGCUCCUCAGCGUCGGCCGACAACCGGGCAUCGUUGAUUACCAAGAUGCAGACAAAUCUGGCUGCUCACCUGUAUCAGUUCCUGAUCGAGCCGCCACCGGCCGGGGUUGACGGCAGCACCUCCAUGAUUGUGGAGCUCGCUGUCGGCAUUGCGGCCAACUUGCCCCGAGAGAGCCGCGACGUCACCAUCCAGUAUCCGCUGCCGGGCGAUGUGCUGCAGGCCGGCGUGAUGGAGGUUGAAAAGACCCCGUUGCCUCCUCUGGACGGCCAAAAGGAGGGAGAGUCCAGCAAACCGGAUAGCGACGCGGACAAGGACAAGAACAGCAGUAGUGGAGACUCUAGCAAGGCUGGCUUCUCCAAAGAUGCAAGUCGGGUGCGAUUUGCAGGAUUUGUGGCUCUCGAAGUAAGAGGGCGACAGGUCUUGAUGAAGGCGCCAGUAUGGGCGUUGUAG